GCUCUCUCUAUUGUAUCAUAUUUCCGCGUAAGCACCGCGUGCGUCCGAGAUUUCGUGCUUCGCUGGACAAGGCACUCCGAUUCCCAUAGGACCCCGUUACGCAGUGACGACGAAUAUAGGCCGAAUUGAUUACACAGAGAGUGUAAGGAGCUUCGGCCUCCAGAAGUCCAAUGAACAGUCGAUCAGUGACACCCAGCUGGCGCGGAACAUGUAUCCUCCUUGCUACCAUUGGCCCACGAGGGUUGUGAGAGGUAUGAUCGUGUAAUUCCUUGAGAUGAGUUACUGCUCGUCUGAGGUGGCUGUAAACUUGACAUUGACAGGCUUCUGAGCUCAUAGUCACUAUACUCUUGCUCUGCAUCUUUGGAGUAUCAGGCAUAUUCCUAACCGCAAGGAGGACGGUGGUGGUUAUAGGUGCAGAAAAGAGAGGAUCGGGAACAAUCGGAAGGUCACGUUCUGUCCAAAAGGCAAUGUUUUCGUGCAUACGGGCCGACGGCUAAGUCCGAUAAGCAGCUACAGUUCAGUAUAUAACCAGCUCUGACACGCUUAAUGGCUCUUCCGUCUUGUAUUUUUCUUCUUCUUGUCUUCGUGGGACACAUACUCAGGUCAUUGCGACCGUCUCCGUAAUCCCCACUCUCCCCAAAGCUCGUAGAGAUGCUGGCUGCAAGAGUUUGUUGUCGGCCCGCCAAAACCGCUGUUAGAGCGGACACUCGCCUCCUUCGUCUCUCGAUCGUCGCCUCUGCUAGACCUUGGUCGCGUGCGGGGCUGCGUGGUAUCGCAUCGGUUUCUGUCCCAAAAGCGUCAAAGGUAUGGGAGUCGGCCGAUGAGGCAGUCAAGGAUGUGCAGUCGGGAUCAAUCAUUCUGUGUGGAGGAUUCGGACUUUGUGGAACUCCAGACACUUUAAUCCACGCACUUUCGAAAAGACCAGAGGUACAGAACAUAACUGCAGUCUCUAAUAAUGCCGGAGUUGGCGAGAGGGGUUUAGGCUUGCUUGUACAUACGGGACAGAUUCGGAAAAUGAUGCUAUCGUAUCUCGGAGGAAAUAAACACUUCGAGAAGCUGUAUCUCACGGGCAAGAUCGGUCUCGAGCUAGUACCUCAAGGGACGCUUGUCGAGCGUUUACGCGCACACGGUGCUGGUAUACCGGCAUUCUUCACCCCGACCGGAUCAUCAACCGCGGUCGAACAGGGAGCAAUUCCUAUCAAAUAUAAGGAUGGUGGCCCAGCUGCAGGAAUUGAAGAACCUGGCAAUGCCAAAGAAGUGCGAGUGUUCAAUGGGAAGCGCUAUGUAAUGGAACCAGCUCUGGCCGGUGAUGUCGCGUUCGUGAGAGCGUGGAAGGCGGAUGAAGCUGGGAACACGAUAUUCAGGUAUACGCAGAAUAAUUACAAUGGUGUUGCUGCAAGAAAUGCUCUCCUUACAAUUGUUGAGGCGGAGGAAAUUGUUCCGGUUGGAUCUCUUGAGCCAAAUGAAGUCCAUCUACCCGGGGUAUACGUCAAUCGCGUCGUAAAAGCAACUAUGUCGAAAGAAAUCGAAAUCCUCAAACUUGCUAAGGACGAUGAUACCCCUCCACCGUCUCCUGGUGACUCCUCCAAGCGUGGUUCUCAAGAAAUACGCGAACGUAUUGCCAAGCGUGCAGCCAAAGAGUUGAAGAAUGGCUACUACGUGAACCUUGGUGUCGGCAUGCCCACCCUCUUGACCGAGUUCCUCGAGCCCGGUGUCAGUGUUUGGGUGCAGAGCGAAAACGGCAUCUUGGGAAUGGGACCAUACCCUACCAAAGAUCAGGUUGAUGCGGAUAUUAUCAAUGCUGGUAAGGAGACUGUUACAUUACUGCCUGGAGCUUCAACUUUUGACUCCGCCGAAUCAUUUGCAAUGAUUCGUGGUGGCCACAUGGAUGUUUCUGUUCUUGGCGCUCUUCAAUGCUCGGCGAAGGGAGACCUUGCGAACUACAUGGUACCAGGAAAGAUGGUCAAGGGCAUUGGCGGUGCGAUGGACCUUGUUUCGAAUCCAGAAAAGACGAAGAUUAUGAUCGUGAUGGAACACGUCGCAAAGGACGGCAGCCCGAAACUCCUGGAUGAGUGCACGCUGCCGCUCACUGGUGCGAACUGCGUCAGCAUGAUCGUGACAGACCUUGCUGUCUUCACCAUUGAUCGUGCGCUUGGCAAGCUAACGUUGACCGAGCUUAUGCCGGGUGUGACUCUCGAGGAGGUGAGGGCGAAGACGGCGGCAACGUUCGCCGUUGCAGAUGGCCUCAAGGAGGCACCUCUAUAACCUUGGAUUGGAAAUGGUGUUUCCUUUGAUUCCCGACUUCCGUAAUCCAUACCAUUUGAGAUUGCUAUGUAGUUCAUGUCUUCAAGUGACGAGACCCAUUGUACAUUAUGACAAGACGAAUCAAUAUUUUCUUUUUCUC